AACAUGAUUUCAAUUUAGUUUUUUCCUCGGGCCAAUUGCAAACACAUACAACAAUAACAACAACAAUUUAGUUUUAGUUGAUGUGAAUUUAAUCUAUCUGCUUCAAUUAUAGUACAGUUUAAAUAAUUUUAACUAGACAACGACCAUGUCGGAUGAGGAAGUCAUUCGUCGUCGUCUACAAAUAGAUGGGGAUGGUACCGGCGAUGAUCGCCGUUUGAACGAUUUGUUGAAAACAUUUGUUAAAUGGUGCAACUCUAUGGACAACACGGAAAAUAGUCAGGCUAUUCAUGAUCGCUUGUUAGCUCAACUUGCGCAGUGUGAAUUUGCGAUGAAGAAGUCAGAUUUUUGCGCUAAAAUGAUGCAACAAGAAUUAAAAAACUAUGCCACAAUUUCCGAUACAAUAGAAACAGGCAUUGAGACGGCAAAAACGCAAAUUGUUCAAAGCAAACAGAAUCUGGUGUUGGCUAAGAAGAUUCGCAAGAAUAGAAUGGAGUAUGAUGUUUUAGCAAAAAUAAUAAAUCAGCAACCAGAUAGAAAGAACACAAUUAAAGAACUAGACAUGCUUAAGCAUGAAUUGGACCAACUACAGGAAAGGAAAGGAUCUUUAGAGCGGAAGUUGGACACAAAAAAGAAAGAUUUUACUGUCUUAAUGAGAUCAAUUGUGGAAUUACAAAACAAAUUGGAGUCGGUUGGAGGAGAUUCUCAGAAUGUCACAGACGACAGAAUGUCAUGCGAUGAAGAAGCAGUUAUUUUGUCUGUUGAUGAUGCGGCAAGUCCAGAUAACGAUGAAGUUAUUCUUUCUUCUCCGGAAAAAAUGAGUUGAAUUUCUACAGAUGAAGAUAUUCGAUCUGGUAAUUUUACAAUAAAUGAAUGGCAGUGUUAAAAAA